AUGAAUAUUGACGAAGUGGAACUCCUUUCUGACUCCAAAUAUCGACAAUUUAUAAACGCUGUGGAUAAAGCAUUGAAGAAUUUUGAGUAUUCCAGUGAGUGGGCUGACCUGAUAUCUUCACUUGGCAAACUUAACAAGGUACUACAGUCACAUCCAAAAUUCAAAGUAGUCCCACGAAAAAUCCUCAUCUCCAAGCGACUAUCACAAUGCACCCACCCCGCCCUCCCUAACGGCGUUCACCUCAAGGCACUGGAAACCUACGAACUUAUCUUUAGACGGCUGGGCAAACGAGGACUUGCUCAGGACUUGCUGUUGUACAGCUCAGGGCUGUUUCCAUUGCUCGGAAAUGCCGCAAUGUCUGUGAAGCCAGUGUUGAUGGGAAUUUAUGAGGAGUUUUUCGUGUCGCUUGGGAAGGCGUUGAUACCAUGUUUACCUGGAUUUUUACUGGGCUUGUUACCUGGUAUUGAAGAAGGCUCUGAAUACACAAAUAGGUAUUUGAAAGUUCAGUCAAUUUGCGUGGCUUUAGCAGAUCCCAACGUCUUAGUACAGCGAUGUCUUCUCGACUUUGUCUUACUCUUCUUGCCAAUGAACAAGGCUACGCGCAUCUCACCAUCCGAAAAAACAAAACUUGCCGCAUCUGGUCUUGGAGUUCUCUUACGCCGAGAUAUGUCCUUGAAUAGGAGACUUUAUUCAUGGCUUCUAGGCCCUGAAAACGAAGAGACCCCAACAAACGAUAGUUUGUCAAGCGUUGAGGAGAUUACGGAGAGUUUUAGAGAGACUUAUUUUUCGCUUCAUUCAAAAUCGUCGACGGUCGAGGCCCUUCGGUUGUUGUUCAAGUGUCACUACAGUUCGAACGUCAUUGUGAAUCCUAUAAGUGGUUCUAAAAGGAUGCAUAAAAACGAAGCACUUUGGCCAUUUCGAAUUCUUAUAAGUCUUCUAGAUAGGCCAGAAAUUGGGAAUACGGUGCUAGAAGAAGUUCUUAUCGAAGCGUUCAGGGUUCUGUAUUAUCGAUGUAAAGAAACAACGGAUAAAUCUGACGAGCUAGAGCGAAGGGACUCGUCUGAAAGUUUCGACCCAGAGGAGGAAAGCGAAGAAGACGCUACAAAUAAGUCCAAAAUGACUGACGAAUUGAUUAAGACAGCCAAUUUACUUUUUAACGCCUUUGAGCCUUAUUUCAUGUGGGAUUACGUCUGUAAGCUGCUGUCAGCGAGUAAGAUGAGCGAAGAACAAACGAAAGAAAAAGRGUUAGAAAAGACAGGAGGGGAAAAUGAAAAAGAGACCAAGAAAGAGGAAUCCAAGAUUCCUUCAACGACGUUUUCAGAAGUUCUUCACUUGACCGACAUGUUGCUCGACAUUGUGGCAUUGGAAUCGGAUGUCGAGACGCAGACCGAACAUUGGCCGAGGUUGCUACGUCACGUUACUAGGGAGAUGACGUCACGGUGUCAAUCAAUGGGCUUGGUCGAGAUCCGCGAAGGCAUCUGUCUGUGUUCGAAGCUUCUUUCCCGGGUUAUGCCUUCUAUGAAGCCGGUUGAACGAAGAACCCAGACGUCGAUGUCUGUUGCUGGGAGCGUCGCUUCGGACAAAGCCGAAGGGAGGGACGAGUCGUUUAGCUCUUCAACCGAAACAGGUAGCUCCCCUACGCGGGAAACUUCCGAAGGACAGCUGGUUCAUGUGGCGAGGAUCUCCACAGCAGAAGACGGGUGGAGUGUGGUAGACCUUAGGAAACGGUUAGAGACCGGAGCCAGUGGCGCCGGUGAUGAGCGGUCCUAUGAUGAGAGCGAAUCAACCGAAACAGAUGAAGAUGAUGAAACCAUUGAUGUCAAAGAUAUCUUAAAAGCAGAACAAAAAGCACUGAAGAAAGAAAGGUCGGAAGAAAAUAAAAAUAAUAGCGAAAAAGAAGAGGUUGAUAAGGAUGAUUACGAGGAAUGGAUGGAAUGCCAAGAAUCUAUUGACGUCACUCAAGAUUGCGUGACGAAAGAAGAGCGCGUUAUACGAGUGGAAAGCGGUAUAAAUAAAGGGCCAUUCGAUGAUCAAGCUUCAACACCAGGUUCUCCAAAUCGCUCUUUUCAACCUUCGGUCAUACAAUCUUGCAUUGACUAUUUUCAGUCCUUCUUCUAUGAGUUUGUCAACAACAGAAUCAUCUUGCCCUCAAAAAAUGUGGCAGAAUUUCAACGAACGAUUUUAUCAAAUUCAGGAUAUGUUCUAGAUGAGCUUUUGGGCUUAGAUAAGUGCUCAGACAAUCGGGAAUUAGCGACGAAGGAGAAAAAGGAAAGCUCUGACUUGGAUAAAGACGAGGAAGAGAAACGAUUGAAUAAGCGUUUGCCAUGGGAGCAGGAGAGUUCUUUGCUGUGUGCAGAAGCGUUUGCAGCAGCCUGUAGAUUGUUGGUGGAGUUGUCGUGUUUUCCUGUGUAUUGUACUAAUGAUUUGGUGGCAGAGGACCAAGCUGAUGGCAAAACUGACUCCCAAUUACCAGAAUGGCUCCAAGCUCUCAUCGYGUGCUGUUUUAGAGUCAGUGAUUUUGAUAUCCAGAGCUCAGCCGUGGGUACCUUGUUAGAUCUACUGAACUUAACAAUGUCAGUCAGUCCUAUAUCUGGAGAAGAGAGACCUAAGACGACGGUUGUAGUUGUGGUCAUACCUAUGAUAUCGCAUGUGAACCUGAACAGUAUAGAAAAGUCUUGUGUUUAUAAUGUUAUUGCGGAGAGUUUGUGGAGCAGAUUGAAGCAGAACUCGUCACGCUAUCAUCAACGUAUCGUCGAACUGUUCCUCCAGCUUCACAGUUUAACACCGCGACCAUCUCUGUGUGAGAAUGUCAUUACUAACUCACUGAUUGACCGCGUACAGGAAAGCCGUUUAGAUGGCCACUGGAAGUUUGCAGUAUUCUGGCACGCAGCCCGAAAUGUAGUUAUCCAAGACUCUGGCCGAACGUCGAGGCUUGGCGAUGUUCGACCUUUAGACAGAGCCUUGUUUAUAAUGUUGGACAGCCUCGAAAGUGAUGAUCCUGAGAUAAGGGUUCUUACCAAGCAGUGGCUCGCGCAUGCGCUCCAGCAUGGUGAUCUUGGCCGCCUUGUCGAUCCUCUAUUGGUCUUACUCCUUCAUCCAGCAACAACUCGCUUAUCAAUACACCACGCGUUAGACUUAAGGAGAAAAGCUAAAAAUAAGGACAUGAUGAAAGACGAUUCGUUAAGAAAAUUUGAAGUCGACAGGAGCUACUCCCCAAUAGAUGACUCUCGAAGCCUGGGUAUUAGUGGGAGUGAGAUUGAACGAACAUCAGAUAGUGAGAACGAGGAGGAAGAGAUCAGAAGCAACAGGAAACGAUCAGUCUUGAGAAAAGGAUCCAAAGGACCCUCUAGGCAAAACAGCGAAAAGAAUACUCGUCACAAGCUGCAAUCAAGUCAGGUCAAGCCCAUGAUCCAUCCACUAGAUCAACACAAACUGCUGUACAGAUUGAUCUAUGACAGCAGGCUCACGCUUUACGCGUUUAAUACGUUGUUGUCCAUAAUACGGAGCGCUCCGCAUCAGUUUGUUUGUGCUGCAGCAUCUUGUAGUGUCAGUGCUUCUAAUACCCCGCAUCAGGAUAAGAUUAAAGAGUUACUGGCGAGACAUCGGAGGUCGUUGCUAGGGAAAGGGUUUUAUGGACCGUUGUAUGAUACACCUGUAUCGUCUACUGGAAAGCAACAAGCUUCACGUCUGUUUGCUGGAACACUCUACCUCAGACCAAACACCAGCAAAUACCUGGAAAUCCUCAUCUCAGUCGCGCUUUACUUCAUUCGAAGUGAAUAUCCUGCGACCCUUAAACUGGAUGAUGUAGACGUCGAUGGUAAUACCCAGGUUCAGAUGACGAGCGCAGAUGUAUUGACAUCAAUCAUAUGGCAACUAGUUGAAGUGGUUCGCGAAAAUGCACUCGGAAUGGGUGCUUUCAUCAACGACCUCUUCACCCGCUGCAAAGUCCAAAAGGCUCUUCUUCAUUGUCUUCUAUCUACUCUCUACGAACGAACCGGGCUAAGGACGCCAUCCGUCCGUGCGAACAGCGAGGGGUUACCGUCACGUAUUUCUAAGCAAGCCAAGCAGUGCCAGUUACGAGCUUUCCAAGUGAAGCUUCUUCAUCUUUUGCAAGCGAUAUUUGUAUUAGAAGACAAUAUUGAUUGUUCCGAUACUGGAGUAGUUGACUUAUUACAGGCUGGUUUGAGUCCUCAGUCCCCGUCUAAGACAGAGAACGAGCCACUACUACAAGGUGCAGUAUUUCGUUACAUCCCAGGCAAAAGUCUUGCAUUUCAGAACAUGCUCUUGACCGCUGUCUUGCACGGUCUUCAAAACGAUGAUUAUGAUUUACAUCACGAGUGGCUUCGGUUUGUUAUCGCGUGUUUACCGCAUAUGAGGAACGCUCUUGGGUCGUGGGUCGUGGUCGUUGUGGAACAGGUUGGACGAAUGUUGCAGAAGCAGACUAAUCUUUACGUCCCUUUGAACGUGAACAAGACGGAUGAUACUUUAUCAAAUGACAAAUCUUCUGAAGCUUCUCUCCCACCAGACUACGUUCUUUCCCUGCUCGAACAUCUUAGUACCAUCUGCCACUUCUGUUUGGUCGACACCAUGCCAACAUCACCAGGUCUCUCCCUGAAACCGCGCACCGCACCUUUUCCCGCCACUACGGGCUCAAACGUUACAUCCGAAGCCAGCCAUUCAUCGAACAGUGGUCAGAUCUUUGCGAAUCUUCUUCACGCAUUCUCGGCUCAGUCCUCGACGGUUAAUCAGGUACCAAAUACCGAGGGUCCAAAACCGUAUCUCGAGGCACGUGAAGGACUGUUGAGUAUCCUUCCCUCGGUAUUAACAGCUUUGGUAUCUGUAUGGAGUACUUGGGAUUCCGAGGCUCACGAUUCCACCAAUCAGCGACUACCAACUGAGUCAUACUUAUAUCUGAUUGGUUCGCCAAAGUCUGUUCGUCUACAAGUCCUACAGCUUCUCACCCCCAUCGCUAUGAAUCAUACCAUCAUAUUCCUGGCUUCUCUGGCUGAUGUUUGGCAUCAACGAGGCAAGCGCAGCCGACAGUCGUCCAGUAAACCGGUUGGACCGGUUGUGACACGUGCCACAGAGGAGCAGGUCGCUAUCGUGGAUAUCGUCUACGCGCUGAAGGCCUUGUCAUUUGAUAACACCAUAGAAACAGUUAAACAAAUCGUCCGCCAAGUCGUAACCAGUAAAGACAAGAGCACAGCAACCCAAAGCGGACUUGAGGUGCACAUUCUUCAGUUCUUCUACCACUACAUGCAAAAAUCAUCCCACAACCAGCUCGUCAAUGCACGACCUGCUUUGAUUUCGUUGAUGAAGGAAGGUUUACAACUUAAUCAGCCUCAGGCUUUGUUUCUUUUGUUGGUCAUACUCCAGUCUUAUGUACAGCGGUUAUCGCUACAGGAAGACAAGAAGGCGAAGAAAGAGUUACAAGACAUUACCCAGCGUUUAAUCGAAGCAUGUAACACUGUGGCCGGCUCGUCUCUUGAGAACGCGGCAUGGUUCCGACGAAACGUCGCUGUCAUUCCACAAAUCGAUACCACAUCGGAACCAGUCGACCAAUUCACCGAAUCCGAAGUAUCCGAUUCUGAGCCCGCAUUGGAGCCGUUGCCCUUAUCCAGCAGUCUGAGUAGUACAAGCAGUCAUUAUAGUACACAGGCUCUUACCGUGAUGUCUGAGGUCUUGGCUCCGUUACUUGAUAUGGUGUUUGGUAGUGAGGAAAAAGAUCGCGUGACAAGUCUUUUGACGACUGUUAUGUAUAAUGUCACGCCAUACCUCAAACACCACAGUCCAUCGAAUGUUCCAAAUUUCCGUGCCUGCUGUGCAGUGGUGGCAUCUCUCAGCGGUUACCAGUACAUGCGCCGCGCAUGGAAAAAGGACGUCAUGGAGCAAGUCAUGGACCCGAUUUUCUUCCAGAUGGAUAUCUCGUGCAUCGGAAGUUGGCGAACGAUUAUCGACAACUUGAUGACGCAAGACACUACGUCAUUCAAGGAUCUGAUGGCUCGUGUAGCUGGGUUUAGUCAGAGCGCGUCUAUUAAUAUCUUCGCCAACAGAGAACAGGAAAUGGAACAACGAGCUCACCUUCUGAAGAAAUUAGCCUUCGUAAUUUUUUGUUCUGAGGUCGACCAAUAUCAGAACUCCCUGCCUGAAAUACAGGAACGGCUUGCAGAAUGUCUGAGACUACCUCUGGCCCCAGUCCUUCACGAACAAGUCUUCCUAGCCAUCAGAGUACUUCUUCUGCGCAUGUCACCACAACAUCUGACGUCACUCUGGCCAGUCAUAAUCUCAGAAUUAGUCCAUGUGCUACUUCAACUCGAGAGUGACCUAUCCUCUGACGACAAGCCCCAUAACCAACGACUGCUGAUUUCAGAGGCACUCUUAGGAGCUAAUGGCUAUGUGAAUUGCAGCCAAGAAAAAUGGCUUAACCUUUACUUAGCUGCUUGUAAACUGCUUGAUCUGACGCUGUCGUUACCGAGCGAGAAGCUGCCACAGUUUCAGAUGUACAGGUGGGCGUUUGAAGGCGGGGAGUCGAACUACAGCGCUGCUAUGGUAACCAGAAGCAAUAAAAGCAGCGAGAAUAAAACCGAGAGAAUAACACUAUUCAAGCCCCACAUCUCACGAAUCUGGAAGCUCUUGAAAAAGCGAUACAGACGUCCUGAAGAUAUCUCAGAACCCCUCGAGUACCAGGACGACCUUUGCUCACGAUGUACCAGAUAAAAUCGUUGGACCAGCUUCUACCGUUUCUGAAAUGUCUGUCGAAACCCAAGCCCUCUGAUAGGCUUGAUUUUGAAGAUUCCAAGUCCAAAAAAGGAUCGCAAGGGGUUGGUCUAUUUGAGCGUAUAGUAGAGAGAGAUUUCC